GCGGGGAGCACGAGCCUGCGGGUGGCGCGCAGCGCAUGGUGGCGGCUCCUCUCGGAGCGCAGCCGACCCGCUGACCCGGGCUCCGUUUCCCCUACCCGGCGCGCCCCGGUGGCCGGCUGGAGGCCGAGACAGCAGCAGCCUUAACAGCAGCAGCGGCCGCGGCUGCUCCGCCGCCACCGUCUCCGCGGGAGCAUGGAGUGCGCCCUGGACGCCCAGAGCCUGAUCAGCAUCUCCCUGCGCAAGAUCCACAGCUCUCGGACCCAGCGCGGCGGCAUCAAGCUGCACAAGAACCUCCUGGUGUCCUACGUGCUCCGCAACGCGCGCCAGCUCUACCUGAGCGAGCGCUACGCCGAGCUCUACCGGCGCCAGCAGCAGCAGCAACAGCAGCAGCAGCAACAGCAGCAACAGCAGCAGCCGCCCCACCACCAGCACCAGCACCUCGCGUACGCGGCGCCCGGCAUGCCGGCCAGCGCGGCCGACUUCGGCCCGCUCCAACUUGGCGGCGGCGGGGACUCCCCGGCCCCCGCCUCCUCCCCCGGCUUCUACCGGGGCGCGUACCCGGCCCCCUCGGACUUCGGCGUGCACUGCAGCAGCCAGACCACCGUGCUGGACCUGGACACUCACGUGGUGACCACGGUGGAGAACGGCUACUUGCACCAGGACUGCUGCGCCUCCGCCCACUGCCCCUGCUGUGGCCAGGGCGCCCCAGGACCCGGCCUGGCGUCCGCCGCCGGCUGCAAGCGCAAGUAUUACCCUGGCCAGGAGGAGGACGAAGACGACGAGGAGGACGCUGGCGACCUGGGAGCCGAGCCCCCCGGGGGCGUCCCGUUCGCCCCCUGCAAGCGCGCCCGCUUCGAGGACUUCUGCCCGGACUCGUCCCCGGACGCGUCCAACAUCUCAAACUUGAUCUCCAUCUUUGGCUCGGGCUUCUCGGGGCUGGUGAGCCGACAGCCGGACUCCUCGGAGCAGCCGCCGCCGCUCAACGGGCAGCUGUGCGCCAAGCAGGCGCUCGCCAGCCUCGGCGCCUGGACUCGAGCCAUUGUCGCCUUCUAGGGACCCCCGAGGGCACGGGGACCCGGGGCCCCGCGGGGCUGGGGCCAGACAAAGACUCGGCCAAGGGGCGAGAGGAGGGAGCGAACGGGCGCCUGGCCACCCGGGGCUGAGCUGGGGGCGAGCAGGGGGAGGCGGCUGAUGUUUUAUAAAUUGUAAAAUAAAAGAAAAAAGAAAUCUAUGAUCUUGGACUUUAUUUUUGCAGAGAGAAAAAGCGCCUAUUUAAGUAUGCUUUGUGUUUCUCCUACUCUUGUUUUUUUUUUCUUCUUCUUUUUAUUGUAGUGAUUGCAGUGGUGUUUAGCGAGGAGCCAGCCACGUGAGGGAGGGCUGCUGCCCGGAGGAGGUGCGGGGCCGCCGGGGGCGAGGCAGGGCGCCGGGGGCGCAGCGCAGGAGGGCGCGGGGCCCGGGACGCCGAUUCCAAUCAGUUGUCAGACCCGGGAAGCCCCGGCGCUCGGUUCUCCCGAGUCCCUCCAUGGGGUGAGGAAUGGGUCUUGUGAAAUCCUGAGCAAAAACAAAGGCAAACUCUCUAUCUCCGAAAGGGACGUUUGGGUCACAUUUCCUCUCUGGGGGCGGCCUCCAAAGUUCUCAAAAUGAGAAGGCAGAAAUGAAAACACUUCAACUUUUUUUUUUCUUUCCCGGGGCGGGUGUCUUGAACCCCUCCUCUCCCCGCCCCUCUGGCUCUGUUCUCUUCCCCUCCUCCACCCGACUCCCGGACUCGGGGGUGGCGCCCGGCACCCCGACACUCCCGGACACCGUUCGGGGAAGGGGGGGGGGGCGGGCACGGCGGACUACAUUUCCCAUCAUGCCCAGCACUGCAGUCCUCACUAAACAAAAAAGGAAGUCGAUUCCUUCACCUGGAUCCCCGGCGGCCCCGAGGGAGGGAGGGGCCGGGACCGCCGACAGCGUUGGAGACUUUUCACUAAGUUCCCGGUCAGAUGUUGGUGUUUGUGUGUGUGCUUCUAAGUUGCACUGUCCUGGUCCAGGUUUCGGUCGCAUAUCAUGAAACCAGCAUUGUUCGAGGCUGUGAGAAUCCUGUCCUGUGUCUUCAGCUCGAUAGAUUUUGUUUUAUUUAAAGCCUUUUGUUGUAAAAAGGUGGGGUUCAUCUGCAGCCCCUCUGGUUCUCUGCCAUUAGCACCAUGUGGACUCCCAAACAAGUUGCCAAACCUUCCUUUCUUCGCCUUUCUCCCUCAUUCUUCUGUAUUUUUGUGCGUACUGAAUUGUAUAUCACCGGGUAAAACUGUUCAGAUGAUUUGUUUAAAUUUAUAAUCUUAAUAAAAAGUCGAUUAUGGAGGA